AUCAGCUACCCCACCUCACCAUCCCCCAUCCCCCAUCCCCUCACCCUCCUCCCAAGGAUCCAACAUCAAUCUCCCAAUGGGCAAACAUCACGACGGCCGACCACUAGGACUAGUGCACCUACCUCUUGAUCUAGGAUAAAAGCCACUUCUAGGCCUUUUUUUCCCGCAUAUCCAUCCUGCCAAGCAUACACUGUCGAAACCCCUUUUAUGGAAGAUAGCCCUCACUAGUGCAAACCCCACGGCCUUGAUCCUUAGGCAUUUGGAUAUUGGACUGGAAAGGAACCAUCUGAGACUUGCUUUCUGUCUCGGGCAUCUCGAACUCGUCGAUUACCCACUUCAUCAUUUUGCCUGUGGUCAAACGACCAAAUAGAUCCGAGUCUUGCGCUUACACGCUGUUACACCCUCUUACCGGAUACACUCAACAAUAACCAAACAGCGAAACAAACCAAGACCGACGAGAGCAGCCGCCAAGAUGGGUCUAGCGUACAACACAUAUCUCAACAGCAAUAAGAUCUAUGGCUGCAAGAACUGCAAAGCCCACCUAGCCAACCAUGAGGACAUCAUCAGCCGAAACUUCCGCGGCCAGCACGGCAAGGCAUACCUCUUCAACGCGGUGGUCAACAUCGACGCGGGCGAGCCGAGCGAGCGCAACAUGACGACGGGGCGGCACAUUGUGCGGGACAUUGCGUGCCGGCAGUGCAAGGAGACGGUCGGGUGGAAGUACGACAAGGCGUACGAGUCGAGCGAGAAGUACAAGGAGGGCAAGUUCAUCCUCGAGGCGGAGAGGCUUUGCAAUGUCAGUUGAGGAGCUCACCGG